AUGUCGUCCAACGGCCAAGGGUUUGAUGAUCCAUAUCAUUCUUCUUCGUGGUCUGGGUACCCCCAGCCCGGUUCUUGGAACGAAACUCCUCGAUAUACCCCUAGCGUGUCUUCCUAUGCGAGUUCUUCGUCAGCCUCACAUGUAUCUGGGAGCAGUUAUGGCAGCCAAAGCCGCUACACUCAUUCGGCAGGCGGACUGACUCCAUACGACGAAUUCGGGAUGCCUCAAGCCUACUCCGAGACGCCAGCUCCAUCCCAGUACUCCGCAUUGAGCACCUUCCAUCAAGGCAUCAUGCAGCAGCAAAACGCUUCUCCGCCCAGCAGUCACAUGCUCUACUGCGAAUUCCAACCCUGGACUGGGUGCCGGGAGCAGUUCAGACUCGAUGACGUCGACUCGUGGAUUAGGCAUACCGAGGAAAUUCACCUGCAAGGCGAGUAUCCUGCAGUAUGCGUUUGCUGGUUCUGCGACGACUUUAAUUUCAAUGUUGGCCCACGUUGUCCUGAUCCUGGCCAGAAUUUCAGUCACCGGAUGCGGCACAUUGCACACCAUAUGCUUCAUGACGCAUAUCGCUUCGAACAAAGACGACCUGACUUCAGUUUCGUCGACCAUUUGUAUCGUUCCGGCAGGAUCACCCUUCAAAACUUCCAACAGGCCACCAGUGCAAGCGAAGGUCCUCGUAUUGGGAAUGUGUAUCCGGCGGGAUGGAGGCCGGCCAGAGAAGAGCCAGACGUUGUCGUGGCAGGAAGUGGGAGAAGAAGACGACAACAGGGGAGACAUCGCUGA